AGAUAGCCCAAGCCCGAUCGCUACUUACACAAUCGCCAAGACUCUCCUUGUUGCGUCGAUCAAGUCUGCAAGCUUUACUCUACAUCAUUGCACCAUGUCCGGAGCCAGAGCCGUCGUCAAGACGCUGGAUCACCUAGUGCUCACCUGCGCAAGUGUCCCAAAGACGGUCCAGUGGUACACAAAGUACCUCGGGAUGAAGGCAGAAACAUUCACGUCACCUUUAGAACCAUCCGUCCAGAGGCAUGCACUGAAGUUUGGCACGCACAAGAUCAAUCUGCACCAGCAGGGCAAGGAGUUCGAGCCAAAGGCCAAGACCGCGCUGCCUGGCACGGCUGAUCUCUGUUUCUUGGUGGAUGAUGGCACGAAUCUCGAAGAGCUCAUUAAGGGGUUCCAAGGGGACGGAGUUCAGGUUCUCGAGGGCGAGAAAGUGGUUGCGCGGACGGGCGCUCAGGGUCCUAUUCAGAGCGUUUAUGUGAGGGAUCCCGACGGUAACUUGAUUGAGCUCUCUCAUUACAAGUCAUAGGUGCCGACUAACUACGCCGUUUGCGUUCUCUCUGCAAAUCUGUAGACUAUGGGUUGAGGAAAUCUCAAUAUUACAUUACUAAUACCGAAAAUGAUGA